AUGGCAAUGCCAUACAGAUCCGGAAUAUUUGAUAGCAUUAUACGGCUGAUUUCACCCCUUGUAUUUUUGCUGGCAUAUAUUUUGGAUCCUGUGAACUCAGCUAAUAUUUUAGGAUUAUUUGCUUAUCCAGGAAAAAGUCAUUUUAUGGUUUUAAAAGCUAUAAUGAUGGAGUUAGCGAAAAAGGGCAACAAUGUCACUGUUGUUAGCAGUCAUUCAAUAAAUGAAAAAUUAGAAAAUUAUAAUGAACUUUUAAUUGAUCCACCAUUAGAUUAUUGGUCUACAAUUAAAACAGAAUUGGGCUAUGGUGAUAUGUUUGAAAUGCGUGAUAUGUCAACUAGAGAAACUUAUCAAAUGAUGAAUUUAAUUGGAUUUACAACAACUGAUUAUUUUUUAGAAAAUAAUCAUGUUAAAAAUUUAAUUAAUAAUGCAGGAAAUCAACAAUUUGAUUUAAUUAUAGUUGAACAAUUUUUUCAAGAUGCUGUUUUAAUGUUUGGUAAAAUAUAUAAGGCACCAGUUGUUGCAAUAAAUACAUAUAGUAUUGAAAAUCAUAUGUCAACUAUGAUGGGUUUAGUAAUACCAUGGGCACAUUCACCACAAGAUUUUUUACCAUAUUGUGAUAGAAUGAAUUUUUGGGAAAGACUUCAUAAUACUUUUAGUUCAUUAUAUUCGGAAUACAAUAGAAAAUAUAAUUUUUUUCCUCAACAACAUAGUUUAAUACGGAAACAUUUUGGACAUUUGUCAGAAGCUAUACCAUCAAUGGAAGAACUAGAAAAAUCUGUAUCAGUUCUUUUAGCAAAUAAUUAUAUACCGCUUGAUAUUCCAAAACCUAUGGUAAUGGGAAUUGUUUAUAUAGGAGGUGUUCAUAUACCGCCGCCAAAAAAUAUUGUAUGGGAUAUUAAAAGAUUUAUAGAUGAUUCACCACGUGGUGUAAUUUAUUUUAGUUUAGGAACAAAUCUUAAAAGUUCUGAUAUACCACAAGAAAAAUUAAAAGCAAUAUUAAAUGUAUUUAAAAAAUUAAAACAACGUGUUUUAUGGAAAUGGGAAGAUGAAUAUUUACCGAAUUGUCCUGACAAUGUUAUGAUAAAAAAAUGGAUACCUCAAAGUGAUGUCUUGGCGCAUCCCCAUGUCAAUUAUUUUAUAACUCAUGGAGGAUUAUUAAGUAUACAGGAAGCUGUUUAUAGAAAUGUUCCGAUUUUAGGAAUACCAAUUUUUGGUGAUCAACAUAUAAAUAUGAAAAGAGCUACUGAAUUGGGAUUUGGAUUUAAAUUAGAUUAUCAUAAUUUAACUGAGGAAUCAUUUAGCUGGGCUAUUAAUGAAUUAAUAACAAAUCCUCAAUAUUCUACAAAAAUGAGAGAAAUAUCGAAGAUAUUUCGUGAUCGACCAGUAGGUGCUAUGCAUACAGCAAUUUAUUGGAUUGAUUAUGUUAUACGUCAUAAAGGUGGAGAAUAUCUUAAACCAGCAGCUGUUGAUAUUCCUUGGUACAGUCUAUAUUUAAUUGAUAUUAUAUUAUUUAUUGGCUUUUGUAUAUUUUUGAGUGUUAUAACCAUAAUUUUACUUGUAUGGUUAAUAUACUAUAUACGUAACCGUUAUAAAGAAAACCAAAGCUAUAAGAAAAUAAUUUCCAAAGAAAUUUAG